GGGACGGAACGGCGCGCGCCCCGGGACCGCUCGCGCGUGCAAAAGUCCUCCGCAAACAGGGGCGCCUGAUUCUCGUUUUCUUUUCCGGGCGCCUUCCAUGGAGUGUAAACGCCGCGCGGUCUGGAUGCCUUCGGACUGAUUCCGCUCGGGGGGCCUCGUUCCGCGCUCGCCACGAUGAAGUACAAGAAUCUGAUGGCAAGAGCCCUCUAUGACAAUGUCCCCGAAUGCGCAGAAGAGUUGGCCUUCCGCAAAGGUGACAUUUUGACCGUGAUAGAGCAGAACACUGAAGGACUGGAAGGGUGGUGGCUCUGCUCCUUACAUGGAAGGCAAGGCAUUGUCCCCGGCAACCGUGUGAAACUUCUGAUAGGUCCUAUCCCGGAGAGUCCUCCUCACCAGGAAACACCAAGUGCAGGAUCAGUCCCUCAACCCUUUAACCAGCAGAAGGUCUACCAAGUACCAAGUGCACAUGCUUCUCCUCGCGACCCUGUCUACCAAGUGCCUCCUUCAUACAUGAAUCAGGGUAUCUACCAGAUACCAACUAGUCACGGUCUUCAGGGGCAAGAUGUGUACCAGGUGCCUCCAUCUGGGUCAAGGAGUCUUGGCGGAAUGGAUGGCUCUCCCAUCAGCAACAAGGUUGUAACUCCAAUCAGGUCAGGACAAGGUUAUGUUUACGAGUUCCCUUCCAAAUACCAGAAGGAUACCUACGAUAUCCCACCAGUUCGGCCUCUCCAAGGGAUAUAUGAUGUCCCCCCUGCGUCAUUUAAAGGUCCUGCACAAGCUACUCAAACGGGCGAUGCAAAAUCCCAGGGGGCGUACGACGACGUUCCUCCCGCAAAAGGGAUCUACGCCAUCUCCCCUUCCACCUGCAGAGAUGACGUGGAUUCCAGGGAACACUUGCCCGACUUGGCCGCUUGCGUAAAGCACGAUACAAGACCAGAAGGUGUGUACGACAUUCCUCCUCCCAUUGCCAAAGCAACUGCAAAAGAAGGUGGACAGAAAUGCAUUUGCAACCCAUCUCCCGCUUACGAAGGGACCUCACACCACCACGGCCUAUACGAUGUCCCAAUGAGCCAUCAGACUCACUUCGCGGGGCAGCAGAUGGCUCCGCAGACAGAUGUCUAUGACACUCCCCGAGGAGUCCCCUUCCCCGGGCAGCACCUGGGGUUUGUUGAUGGUCUGAAUCCUGAAGGAAAAGAAGGAGUCUAUGAUGUCCCUCCACAGGUCACGCAGGACACUAAAAAACUGCAGGAUGUGACUGAUGGGAUGAACAGGUUGUCUUUUUCCAGUACGGGAAGCACCCGGAGUAAUAUGUCCACCUCUUCCACGACAUCAAAGGAAUCUUCUUUGUCAGCGUCUCCUUCUCAGGACAAAAGGCUGGCGCUGGAUCCCGACACAGCCAUAGAGAGACUUUACUGGCACCAACAUGCGGUGGAGACAACUGUCUAUGGUUUAAUGGCCUUCGUUGGCCCAGACUGGCGGUCUUACGAGUCCAUGGAGAAGCACAUCAACAAGAUCCGCACUGCUGUGGACAAGGUGGAGCAGUCACUGGUUGACUACCUUAACUUUGCCAAGGGAGCGACUGCCAACGCUUCCUUCAUCCCCGAGCUCAGUCUCUACAACAAAAUGAGACGGGAGCUGCAGAGGCUGGAAGAUUCCCAUCAGAUCUUAGCCCAGACCAGCCACGACCUCAACAACUGCAGCUGGUCCCUGAACGUCCUGGCUGUCAACAAGCCGCAGAACAAAAUCACGACGUUUGACCUGGACCCGGUUAGUGAAUGGUGGUGAGGAACCAUCCCGGACGGCCAUUUCGGAGCAGCUGGACCACCAGCAUCAGCGUCAGCGCCCGAAGUGCGUUUUUUUCCAGACUGGCGCCCUGUAUUUCGCCGCGGCAAGAUGCAGUGCGGAGAACCUUGAAUACCUGGCGUGGAUUAUGUGUAUGACAGUCCUCAAGGCCAGACAGCGUUUCAUCCUGGAGACAAGAGCCGGGACGGCUGUGGUUCUUUGGCACCGCUUUUGUCUAAAGACCCACAUUAUCAGUGCAGCAGCAACGGCUCCGAAAAGAGCUGGAUGGAUGAUUAUGACUAUGUCCACUUGCAGGGCAAGGAGGAGUUUGAAAGGCAACAGAAAGAGCUUCUGGAAAAAGAAAAUAUCAUCAAGCAGAGCAAAAUGCAGCUGGAGCACCAUCAGCUGAACCAGUUCCAGUGGCUGGAGCAAGAAAUCACAAAACCGGUGGAAAACGACAUCUCAAAAUGGAAGCCACCGCAGGGCCUUCGCCCCGCAAACAGCCUCCUGGCCUCUCAAGACAGGCAGCUGCUUUUGUUUUAUUCAGACCAGUGCGAGACUCACUUCAUUUCCCUCUUGAAUGCCAUCGACGCCUUCUUCAGCUGCAUCAGCGCCACCCAGCCCCCCCGGAUCUUCGUCGCGCACAGCAAGUUUGUUAUCUUAAGCGCUCACAAACUGGUGUUCAUCGGAGAUACACUGACAAGGCAGCUGGCCACUCAGGAAAUACGCAACAGCGUUAUGAACUCCAGCAACCAGCUUUGCGAGCUGCUUAAAAACAUUGUGAUGGCGACCAAGGGAGCUGCGCUGAAUUAUCCCAGCACGGCGUCUUUGCAAGAGAUGGUGGACCGAGUGACGGAACUCUCUCACUACGCCCAGUUGUUCAAACGCUCUUUGGUACAGAUGGCCUCGUACUGAGGGGCAUAAAACUGACUCUCGGCGACAAAGAGCAAUGCUUAGAAAAGAACUGGAAAUAUUUUCUGCCGUGUACAUAAAUAAUAAUUAAUUAAUUAAACCCGAUCAUUUAUUUUUUUUGUAGAUAUUUUAUAUUAAAUAUUUCAAAUUCCUUUUUAUGGCUUAGAAAAUUGUAACAGUUUUCAGCAGUCUCUCUCUGUUUUAUCAUUUUGAAUAUAUAAAGUGGUAUUCUGCAUAUGUGUAUAUAUUUGCAACAUUCCAUAAAUUCCAUGAAGCACCUUAAAAAAGCA